UUUUUUUUUUUUUUUUUUUGAUGUUCUGCAAUAUAUGUUUAAAGCUGGAAUAUGUUGGGGCUUUAAACAAAAAAUGCUAACUAAAGAGUGGGCUUUAAGGAAUAAAGGCUUAAUAUAAGGAAUAGAUAAAAAGAAUAUAUGUAUUUCAAGAAAUAUAACUACAAAACCGAACCACAAGUAUUUGGUGUGCUCUCUUCAAGGCAAGGCUCAUGAAACAAUGAGCAUGACGUAGUGUCUGCACUGAAGUGCAGCUUAAAUGAGGUGAAGCACAAAACCUAUGUUGCACCUAGCUUUAGGAUUAUGCGCGCCUCAAGAGAGCCUUUGACAACACUGACUUAUAGAUGUUACAUUUCAUUUUUCUGAAUACAUGAUGACUCUGCAUUAUAUCUUGAUUUUAGAAUGGAUUUCAGGUUUUACAGAACUUAUGAUCCACCAUGUCUAGAGUAUUUUGCAGAAUGCGUUCUUGGGGACAUUUCAUUUCGCUGAAUCUUUCUAAUUGCCUUUAUAUGGCCGAGAAACUGAGAUUUUUGACUUUUGUAAGGAGUUAACUUCGAUUACUAAUAGAUUGGGGACAAUGGCCUAGAAAGCAUGGUGACUGUUGAACAGCAUGAUGGAUGGAGUUGGUAGGAAAGGGGGACAAUGGCCUAGAAAGCAUUUCAACUAUUCUUAAUUGGCUUUCUGAUUUUUGAGUUUGCUAACACUACUAUUGUUAUAUCUGCAACCAUGACCUUGUGACCUUUUUGUUCAAAAGUCAUGUGAAGUAUUCUAUUAGUUAGUAAUCUUUUAUGUGUUACUUCACGUCGAGUAAAAGCGAUAUAAAAGAAUAGGGUGCUCAAAGGAUUCAUUUGCAUGGGGAUAUGAUCUAUAGGAAGAAAGCUACUUGUAGACCAGGCUCAUUUGCUUUUGGAGAUUAGCUUAACCCAAAAUCUCUUCUACUGAAGUUUCAAGUGGACCAGUUGGCUGCCUUUAUACUUGCAACGUCUCCAAUGCUAUCAACUGUGUUAUCGGAUUUGCUCCGUUCUACAAGAUCUAGGCAUCAUCUUUGGUUUGUGAUAGUCAUUCGCGGAUUCAAUAUCCCUUGUUGAGAACAAAGUAAACUUUUCCCUAGUCAUAUAGACAUGGCAACACGGUCAGCACCUAAUUAUCAUUUGUUGAUAUAUGCCAAUGUCCCAAUCUCUUCUAUAAUGCUGGGCUGUGCUUGUUGGGCACUCAUUAGAAAAUACACUUAUUGGACAAUGUCAUUAAUUCAGCUGUUUUGAGAUUAUGUCUUGUCAAAAUGGGAAAAUUUGAGUGCCUGUGAGGUACUGGUAGAAUAUGUUGUUCGGGGAGCUUACUGUGGCUGUGACUAGGAAGGUUAAAGGUUAGUUUAGAUUUAGCCUUGAGCAAGGAGAAGAAAGGCCAAGCCAGAGAGGGCUUCUCUUUCCUGGAAGUAAAAAAUGUUUGGCAGGCUUAGCUCAGAUGGAAAUGAAUAAAUUUUUCUGAUACACAUUGGAAUCCGGCUAUAAUUGUUCCCCCGGUGUGAAACCAGUUGGUUCCGUAGUUUUAGAAUUCUGCUGAUCCAAUCUCUUCAUACCAUUUUGGUAAUUCUUAGUACUUUUUUUUACAACCGAGAAAUCCCCAAGGUUCAGUGGCACACAGUUCAAAACUCAUGGAUAAUGGGCUCCCUCUACUUAAUUACUAGGAUUUUGUAUGCGGCAGGGUCCGAACCCCUGGCGCGCGCCUAACCAACACAUCACAAGUUGCGCUCUACCACUAGACCAAAGCUCAAGGGGCUAAUACUUAGUAUUAUCAUCAUACAAUUCUGUUAAAUACUUAGUAUUAUGGGAACACCACUCUAUUUAUAGACUUCCUCCAGAGGCAUUAAGCCUAUCUAUUCUACCAAGUGGUCAAUCUUUUUCCACCUUGAGUCUACUUUAUUCUUCUCGUCAUGACCAUAAUAUUAACCAUUAAUUUUGUCUUACCUUGUCAAAAGGUUGAUUAAAUUUGUGGAGAUGGAGUAACUAUUUAGCGAUGCAUACAAAACCAGGGUGUUGAGCUGUAAAGUUAAUCUGGUUUGUGUGAUUUGAUAUAUAAUCAUGCGGUACUUAUAAUUUUUGCAGAUCUCUUUGCAUUGCUAUUUUCUCCUGUACUUUUAGUAAUCCAUUUUGUUGGAAUUGGCUGUUGAAGUCUUGCAUGUUCACAUGAGGCUACUUCUGCAGGCUGGUCAAUCAUUGGAUAAGGGUGGUACAAGGGGUGGUGUUCAGCACAAAAGUGGUGGUAGGGGUAAAUUUAGCAAUAUUGCUGGAGUUGCUAGGUGUGAAUUGUGCAAGAUUGAUUGUGGUAAGAUUAGUAGCCUUAAGCAGCACGAGAGUGGUAAGCGGCACAGAAGGAGCUUGAAAAAAUUGGAAGCAGAAAACAGAACCGUUAGUGAUAUCCAGAAUGUACAGAAACCUUCUGGUGAUUUAAAACCAGGAACAAACAUGAAGCCUGGUGGUCAGCACAAAAGUGGUGGUAGGGGCAAAUUUAGCAAUAUUGCUGGAGUUGCUAGGUGUGAAUUGUGCAAGAUUGAUUAUGGUAACAUGACCAGCCUUAAGCAGCACGAGAGUGGUAAGCGGCACAGAAAGAACUUGAAAAAAUUGGAAGCAGAAAACAGAACUGUUAGUGAUAUCCAGAAUGUACAGAAACCUUCUGGUGAUUUAAAACCAGAAACGAACAUGAAGCCUGAUGAUUUGCCUAAGGAAGAAGAGACUAAGCAGAAUCCGCCUCCUUUAGACACCAUACUGUCCGAAAUUAGAUUAGGAACUGAACUUAAAAUCAAUGAUGCACAAUGCGAUGUAGUUCCAACGCGUGGUUUGAAACGCAAGAUGCUAGGUGGUGAAGGGCAGGCAAAGAAAAUUUCCAAAGCAAAGAGGCGGCUGUUUGUGAUUCCUUUGAUGUGUGACCUGUGCAAUGUGAAAUUUGAUACACGAGAGAAUCUUAGAAGUCAUCUUUCGGGUAGAAAGCACAAAUCAAAGCUCAAGUGCUUUGAAGGACGACUUGGACUUCAAGCACUUUAUCCCCCUAAUCAUAUCACGCAAACCGCAUACCAUUGGCAGGGUGUUCAACAAAUUUUUAAAGCUACACAAGUUUCAGAUCCCAUUGCGGGUGCUUCUGUUCUUCCUCAGACUCACAAUGCCACACCUUCUGCAACAGGAGUCAGCAUCAUUUGAUAAGGAAGCAAGGCAACUAUUAUACUGCAGAGACGUUAUACUCCAUCUGUGAACAUGGGUAAGUACUACACUUUUGUAAAGGCAGGUCGGUGGCAGGUGAUGUCCAUUUGCAGUUGAUUUUGUUGGCUACCUCCAUCAAGGAGCCACCUCUAAUCAGGUGGAGGAAGUGUUGUUUAGAACAUGUAUAGCUCAGUUCUGGCAACUGAGGAGCUCCCCCUUCCCUCGCUCCCCCUUUCAUUCACUGGGGAAUAGUUGACCAAAAGGGCUCUGUUAAGGGCUUAAGGCACAUUUUACUGCAUAGUAACUUCUGGGUUUCUAGUUAAAAGGAAAUUGCUCUUUUGGUAUCUUUGCUGUCAAUAGGGAUUUAUAACCCAAACAAACAUGAAGUGGGUUUCCAAAGCAAUUGGUAAACAUUAAGCUCAAAAUUUCGAAGUCGCCCCCCAUUUUGUUGGGUUCAAAUGAGUUUUUAUGUUUUUCUUGAA